CGGGGGGAGGGUGUGGAGCGGGAAGAACUUGCGGCUACCGAAACGGAGAAGCCGCCGCGGUCCUUGCAACUCCCAACCACUGCGCCAAACUUCCAGCCACACCAAUUUAGAACUCCGGCGCGAAAGCAGAGGCAGAUGCGGUAGGCGGAGUGUAGAGCCGGCCAAUCAAGCUCGACUCUGCUAGAGAAGCCGCGUGGGCGUCCUAUCAGGCGACGCAACAAAACAGCCGGGGAUGCGGCGAGGGAGCGCUGUGGUAGGGCUGGGCGGGCGGUGGAGGUGGGCUGCCGGAGGGGCCGAGCGGGAUGUGGACAGCGGGGCGUCAGGUGAGUUCGGCGACGGCGGCAGUUGCGGGCGCCGCCGGUGCCCUCCUGCUCCUGCUGUUGCUGGUGGUGAGGCAACUGUUGAAGCAGAGGCGGCCUGUCGGCUUCCCGCCUGGCCCCGCGGGGCUGCCUCUCAUCGGCAAUAUCCACUCGCUGGCCUCCGAGCAGCCUCACGUCUACAUGAAGAAGCAGAGUCAGCUCCACGGGCAGAUCUUUAGUCUUGAUCUUGGAGGUAUCUCAGCUAUUGUACUGAAUGGCUAUGAUGCUGUAAAAGAAUGCCUUGUUCAGCAAAGUGAGGUUUUUGCAGACAGGCCAUCUCUUCCUUUGUUCAAGAAGCUAACAAAAAUGGGAGGUUUAUUGAACUCCAAAUAUGGCAGAGGUUGGACAGAACAUCGUAAAUUAGCUGUAACCAGCUUUCGUAUUUUUGGAUACGGUCAAAAGUCCUUUGAAUGCAAAAUAUCGGAAGAAUCAGUUAUUUUUCUUGAGGCCAUUGAUACCUAUAAAGGCAAGCCUUUUGAUCUGAAACACUUGAUAACAAAUGCAGUUUCAAAUAUUACUAAUUUGAUAAUUUUUGGAGAACGCUUUUCAUAUGAAGACACUGAAUUUCAGCAUAUGAUUGAAAUAUUUAGUGAAAACAUUGAAUUAGCUGCAAGUGCUUCAGCAUUUUUGUAUAAUGCUUUUCCAUGGAUUGGUGCCUUGCCCUUUGGAAAACAUCAGCAACUCUUUAGAAAUGCAGCUGAAGUGUAUACAUUUCUGCUGCGCCUUAUUCAGCGUGUCUCACAGAACAGGAAACCUCAGUCACCUCGGCAUUUCAUAGAUGCAUAUUUAGAUGAGAUGGCUAGAAAUAAAAAUGACCCAGAGUCCACAUUUUCAAUGGAAAACUUAAUUUUCUCUGUUGGAGAACUUAUCAUUGCUGGAACAGAAACUACAACAAAUGUUCUAAGAUGGGCAGUGUUGUUCAUGGCUCUUUAUCCUAAUAUUCAAGGGCAAGUUCAUAAAGAAAUUGACUUAGUCGUGGGGCCAAACAAAACACCUUGCCUAGAAGAUAAAAGUAAAAUGCCAUACACAGAGGCAGUGCUACAUGAAAUCUUAAGAUUCUGUAAUGUAGCUCCACUAGGUAUUUUCCAUGCAACUUCUAAGGAUACAAUUGUGCGUGGAUAUUCUGUUCCUCAAGGCACUACAGUAAUUACAAAUCUCUAUUCUGUACACUUUGAUGAAAAGUACUGGAGUAACCCAGAAGUGUUUUGUCCUGAGAGAUUUUUGGACAGCUCUGGACAGUUUGUCAAGAAGGAAGCAUUAACUCCUUUUUCACUAGGACGAAGACACUGCUUAGGAGAACAGUUAGCCAGAAUGGAAAUGUUCUUAUUUUUUACUUCAUUACUGCAACGAUUUCAUCUUCAUUUCCCUAAUGGUUUGGUUCCAAAUCUUCAGCCAAAAUUAGGCAUGACAUUACAACCUCAUCCAUACCUCAUCUGCACACAGAGUCGUUAUUGAACACAAGCAGGUGCAUAAGAACCAACCUGUAACAGUCCAUUCAUACUUUGCUAGUCUCUGUCAACAGAAGACUUUGGUGUUUCAACAGUUCAAAGUGCAAGGCUCUAAGAACCAGGGGAAUUGAUGCAUGUUACAACUAUACAUAUAACCAGUGCUACUAUUUCUUAAUACUCAAGCUUCUUUGAUCAUACAUUCUAAAUCAUAUCCUGUGUAAAAGGAAAAUAACAAAGCCACCUACACGUUGUGUAUGGAUUUCUAAGACGUAAGUAGAAGAGUUAAUUUGAGACAAACUAGAGAUUGUUCUAGUGAAUAUUGCAUAGCGUUCAUGUGAGAUUAUUGGGAUAGGGUGACAGUACAGGCACUUGCUAAACUUAAGUUCACCCCACUUAACAUGUUCUAUGUAGUUUAUAACUCCAACAAAACUGUUUCAGCCUCUGUCUUGUUUCUGGCUGCUCCCUCCUCGUCAGAGACAAUCUGAUCCAGCAGUGGUCAGAUUGGCUAUUCCCUCCAACUAAUUCAAGGUAGUUCAGCCUGGAUACACUUCUUUUCUAUUGAUCAGAGUGAGGUGUACAUGCUGCAAACUUCUCAGAGCUUGGGGAAAACUCAGACAUAAUUAUGCUGAGUGCCUAUGAGUUCUACACUAUGUUGAAAACCAGCUUUUAAGUGUCUGAAUGGGGUUGCUUGGUCACCUCUUCAUAGGACAUUCCUUCUAGUAGAUAUGAAGUAUUUAUUAUCUAUCUAUAUACUUAUGUCUCCAAGACAUGCCAGUUCUAAUGCAUGGCAGAAAUCUCAUGAAAGUUCGUGAGCAGGACAGAAAAUGGCGGAAAUCUCAUGAGAGUUUACAAGCAGGACAGAAAAUAGCGAUGGCGGCUGGUGGAGCCAUGCUGGCAGGGGGAGGCAGCCGGACUGCGGGAGCUAAGGUGGCUUACUGGAGGAGGAGGAGGCUGGCUAGUGGGAGGAGACGGUGGCUGGCCGGGGGCAGCUGACAGGUGGACGAGCAGGAGAAAACGGCUGGGCCCAACUAGGGGCGCAGCUGCUGUGGAAAGAAGGGGCCCAUUUUCUAAUUGAGAAGGAUAUUCGAGUAAGUUUAGACUAAUAUUUUUGCAAGAAAAAUAAAAGUGAAUUUCAACAUAACAAAACACAUAGAAUAAUGAGGGCUAAUCUGCCUAUAAAAUAAUAUCCCAAACCUUAUAGUAUUGUGAUAAUUCAUGACUUGGAUUAGUGGCGGCUUGAACAAAGGUUGAGGCUGGUACAUAUCCAUUGCACACAGUUAAAAUGCAUCAUAUGAGAGGCAUUCCUUACUGCUGGCCUAUGAAACACUAGCAAAAGCCAUAAACAUCUUCGUACAACUCCCCUGUGCAAGCACAGUUUGCAAGAGCUGACUAGACUCCAGAGUGCUCCCCAUGCUCUGGAAGGGCUCUGCAAGAGCAGAAACACAUCACUGAAGGUCAGCAACAUGUUUCUGAUCUUGCAAAGCCCUUCUGGAUCAUGUGGAUUGCUCUGGAGUCUGCAGGACAGAGGUGUUGUGCAAAGACUAUUGUAAACAGUAUGAGUUACAUUAUUUAUACAUAGCUGGGCCAGGUGCAGAGCAUCUGUGCCUCUAGUUCUCCUCCCCUGCUCACUGCCAUUUUCUUUGCUUGAUGCCGCCACCCCCCCCCCACACACACUUGUUUUCUGCCUUGCCCACAAGCCUGUUCUCCGGCACUGCCACUUUCCUCUCCCCCUGCUGGCAGCUCACUUGCGAACUCUCAUGAGAGCUGUCAUGCAUUGGAUUAGUAAUGGGUAUGCCUUAGAAAUAUAUAUAUACACACACACUAGCUUAACCUGCGCAGAGCAUCUGUGCACUAGUACUUGACUCUUCCCCUCACCCCCUGCCACAGCCUCCCUCACCUCAGAUCUCUCCACCCUCAUCUGAGCCACACUCCUGCUCCUCCAUCCCAUUGCUUCCAUCCCUCUCAUUCCUCUUGGUUGCAGCAUUGCUUGCGCCUAUUGGCCAAGCUGCUGACCCCAACCCCAGAGACCUCCUCACCCGAACUCUGUUCCUCCUCCUCCCCACAGGAGCAGCAGCAGUUGACCAGGCCCUUCCUCACUGCCCCUACUGCCAUGGCUGCUCGUUCCCCUCAGGCUGCUGACAGUCCUGGGCCUGUCCCUUGCCUGCCUAUCUCCCUCCGCCAAUGGCCUCAGUAGCCCCAAACAGCAGCAGUGGUUGAUUGAGCCCUUGUUGCCAUUAAGCACCACCAUGGCCGCUAGUUCCCCUCAGGCCUUUGACAGGCUCAGGCCCAUCCCUCACCCUUCCUCCUUUCUCUCUCCCUCCCCUUCCUGAGUUAACAGAUCUUGUUCAUCUUGUUUCCUCAUCUAAUUCAUAUAACAGCGGCCUCCUUCUCCUGAAGGGGCUCUUUCCUCCCUCACAACCCCUCUUCGCAGACCCCUGCCCACUAUUCUUUAUAUAUACCCCUCCUCUACAAUCAAGAAUAUCUUCCAACCAGUAACAGUUGCAUUCCAACUGCCCUUAACUGUCACUCCUCCCUAUCUGCAUAUGGAACCCCACUGCCCAAUCACCAUGGUGCUUCUGCUCUCACAGGCUCCUUCUCCCUAUCUGCAAUACAUAUGGAAUCUCCACUGCCCAAUCACCACGGUGCUUCUGCUCGCGAACAUUCGUGAGAUUUGCCAUGCAUGGGAUUAGUCACGGGUGCACCUUAGAUAAUUUAUAUAAAGAAGUAUGUUAUACUUGAGUUUCUUUAAAAGUUUUAAUUCUACCUAUCUUCCCAAUUAACUAAUUAUCCUCAUUUGACAUUUUGUGUUUCAUAUAUAAAUGCAUAAAUACUUCCUUCCAUCAGUUGUAUGUGUGGUCUGAAGAGAAUCUCCUUCCACAAAGUUAAUCUGCUAAGCAGGUGGAUAGUCCAGCUACAAUUUUUCAAGAAUGUUGCUACCUGCAAAUUAUAAUUUAAGUAUGACAGAAUAGCUGAAGGACCAUAUGGAAUCCAGAAUUUAUUAAUGUGAAAUACCAUGUCUAAGCACUUUGGAAAAUGAGAAUUCUACAGAAAGAUGGACCAUAGAUUAGCAAGAUUGUAUAAGGAAUUUGAUGGCAAAUUUAAUAACUGGCAGUUUAGGCUAGUAUGUAUUUCACUUGGCAUAUCUCAGUUGGCAUAAGAUACAUCUUUGUCUUAUUGCAGUCAGAAUUUCAGCAGAGAUAGGUUCCUGGAUUUCUGUAAUAAAGGUUCAGUUUUAAAAGGCAUGCUCUGUCUCAUGAUAACAUUAGAGAAUGGCAGGUCUGAUGAUGAGAGAGCGGGGGGGAGAGGGGGACAUUUUGGCUCGCAGUCAGACUAUAACAUUACAGUGCCAGCAAUUUUCCCUGAGCAAGCUAAACCCAUUAAAAUAAUGGAUCACAGUAAUAGAACAAACAUUAAUGCACAGCUAACUAUUUCCAUGUCCAGUGCAAAGAAUCUCUAGUUAUGAUUUCCCCCCAUCUGACACACAUACACCAUGGUUUAUGACAGUUUAUAAAAAGCAAUAGAAAACAAAAAAAGUCACUCUGUUCACAAUUUCACAUGCUGAUGUAAGCAGAACUACAGAGUUUAUUACCACUUGAACCAAUAAGGGCAGUACCUAAUUAGCUGACUACUGACUUUGUCCAAGGGAGGAAAUGUUGACUUAUACUUUUUUUAAAAAAAGAUGUGUGUGUGGUGGGGGAUAAGAAUGUGCCCAUAUAUCUCAAUUAACUAUAUUCUGCAUCCAAAACCCCCACAUUUUUUUCUCUCCUGCCAUAUAUUAUAGUAAUUGUGGUUAACAAGGCAUCAACAUCUUGACAUUAACAUUUUUUAAUCUUCUUAAAUUAUGAUCCAUGGACAGCUGUGUUUUAGGAAUACGCCUAUCAAAUAACUAGUGAUGUGUUAAGCUCAACAUCAAAGGAACCCCUAUAUCACUAUUAUGCAGCUUUUCUUCCCAAUUAAGGAUACUGCCACAAGAAGGAGCAUAAUGCUUCAUUAUUUUGACCCUAUUUGAGUCAGCACAAACGGGCAGCCACGUGUGAAGGGCAUUUUCUUUUGUGGAACUCUUCUCUCAUGUCCCUCUACGGUAUAGCACUUCUACACCUUUCAUUUUAAGACAUUAUAUGUGAAAUUAGGAAAAAGGAACAAGGCUCAGCAGGGGGGCCCAUAAUCACUAGUACCAGAACUUUGCAGGAUUUAAUUUCUUCUCCCAUUCCUGCUAUGACUGAAAGAGAAGUGCUUUUCUCUUAGUAGUCUGUUCUAAAUGGGCAGGGGAAAUAGGUCCAUGCAGUUUUCCACUUUUACAUUCUGUUUCGAUAUUUGAUACUCCUAACUGGGAAAAAUAAGAAUUAGGUGGUACCAAGGCCACAUAGUGUUAAUGAGUUGGGGCAAAACAUAGUUUUAGUGCUCUCCUAGUGCACCCAUCAUGCUGCUAAGUAUGUUGAGGGCCCAGGACAGGUUGCCCAUUCUCCUGCACUCCUGGAGAAGAUUCCAGGAUGGGGGGAGGGGGUGGCAACACCUCCCUCCCCCGGAAAAAUGGCAAAGUCCUAUCACCUUAGAGGGAUUCCACAGAGGGGCUUAAUGUAUAUCUGUAUUCAGAAUGUGCAGUACCACAUUACAUCCUUGUGUGGAUCAUUGCAAAAUGGAGGCCCUCUUCAUUGUUACUCCUAAGUCCCAACCCCUCAUGGUCAUGGGUGUUUCACUAGUCAAAAAGUUGAUAAUAAUUAGCUUAGCUAAAGUAUUACAAUUCUUUGUGAAGUACCCUGAAUAUUGCAAGCAAUAUGGAUAAUAACUAUUAAAUUCACACUUGGGUUUAUUUUCCAGUCAGGUUUUCAAUACAAGUCUCAUUCAUUUCAGUGAGACUGAUUUUGCCUAUGCAGUACUCUAGUGAUAGGGCUAUGAGUCACACAAGUAAUUUACCUAUAUUGUACUUAAGAAUGAGUCACAACCAGGAUGAGAGAAACUUAUUUUGAUGUAAGUGUACCACAUAUACAGUAUAGUCAAAUUGGCUUACAACAGAUUUACGAACAAAAGCAAUUAUCAAAAUAGGUAAAUUGGGUGACCAGCAAAAGUUGAGGAGUGACUACCCAUUUAACAAACGUGAUGUAAAUUAUCUGGGAAGUAAGUACCAACAAGACACACACCCACACACCUUGCAUCCAUCAAGAAUUGAAGAAUUAUGUCACCUCAGGCUCAGACUUUAAGAACUGACAACUCCAUUCAGUAAAUUGACAUAGCUGGCUUUGACUACUCAUAAUAUGUAUAGGUAUUACUAGCAUUAGACAGAAUACUCUAUGAAUAGCUUCCCCCCACCCUCCCACCAUUCAAUUUUCUUUCCUGUUUGAUAUUUCUGUGCAAUCAAUGGCAAUGAAGUAUGUUUGACACACCAGGUUCCACUGAUGUAAAAACUGUGCUGCUCCAAAUCCUGCAUUAUUAUUGCUAAAUAUCAAGUGUCCCCCCCCCCCAAAAAAUUCCCAGAUUCUACUUGACUGUUUUUUUAAAAAGUAACCCAUAGUCUGAUUCUCACAUGAGCCUGCCUAGGCUUUAAGCAGUGCCACAGAGGAACUGCUCUCUGGCUAACCAUCAUUAGAACUUUGGUUGGUGGAUACCAGAGACAGGGCCUUCUCAAUGGUGGCUCCUCGUGGAAAAUCCAGCUGGCUCCCUCUCUAGGCAGAAAGUUCUAUGGAACUCUGGUUUGCUGUGUGGUUUUUUUUCAUUGGUUUUUAAAAAUUAACUCUAUUUAUUUUACUAUUUUUAUGUACUUUUUGUAAGUCACAUAGCUUUUACUAAAAGUGGGAUAUAAAUAAAAUCAAUCACUCAAAAAUGUAGCUCUUGGUUUUUACACUGGAGCUGCAAACACUCUUUGAAGUAAUAUGAAUUGAGCACUCGGAGUGAAAGAGAGCUAGUCUUGUGGUAGCAAGCAUGACUUGUCCCCUUAGCUAAGCAGGGCCCACCCUGGUUGCAUAUGAAAGUGAGACUAGAAGUGUGAGCACUAUAGGAUAUUCCCCUGAGGGGAUGGAGCCGCUCUGGGAAGAGCAUCUAGGUUCCAAGUUCCUUCCCUGGCAUCUUCAAGAUACAGCUGAGAAAGAUUCCUGCUUGUAACAGAGAAGCCGCUGCCUGUCUGUAUAGACAAUACUGAGCAAGAUGGACCAAUAGUCCAACUCCGUCUAUGGCAGCUUCCUAUGUUCCUAGCCAGCUUGUUGCAUUCAUCGCUUUCACUUGGGGUGAAAGGCAACAAGCCUCUCUGUGCCCCCAAUUGCACCACCCUAGUCUGAGAGCCAGCGUGAGCACCAGCUGUGAUGGAAAAAAGUGGGUAGGCAGUGCCUAUGGGGGGGGGGAGUGGGGUUCCCACAGUCACAGCCUGAGGCCAUUGUCUCACCUGACCUCAUGGUUGGGUACCCUUCUAAGCACUUAAAUCUUGAAAGCGAAACCCUGCUUUGGAUACCUUGAACCACUGAAGAUGAAGUUAUGAGAGGUGGGGAUGUGCUCAUUGUGGAACUCCCUGCCCAAGAAAGUCCAUCAAGAUCCCUCCCUGAUGGCUUUCAGGAGAUUAAUCAUCAUCAUCAUCAUCAUCAUCAUCACGUGCUGAAUAAUUUGGAUGCUGCUUUCACUGUUUUUCCAUUUUAGCCACUGCCCACUAAUUUAACUUUUUACAGUUAGGUUUCAAACUAUUAAUUGCUGCUUUGAAUUGAUCAUGACUUUGAGAGACACCGUGGUGGGCCUCUAGAUGUUGAGGAGUGACUACCUGUUUAAUAGGGAUGUGCACAAAUCAAUUUUUUCAUUUUGGGUCUAAAUCUGCCCCCAUCACCUCAGAUUCAAUUUGUACCCACAUUUUCUGAAUCAGAAUAGAUUUGAGGCAAAAAGGGGAUCCCAGGGGCAAAAGAAUGGGGUGGAUGGUCGUGCCCAAUGGGUGGAAGCUACCACCCAAAUCUCAAAGAAAUUGGGCAGAGGGGUGAUUUUAAAAUUAUGUUUGAAGUUUGCGUGUCUAAGCUUUUCCCCAUAGGGAAUAAUGGGGAUUUCAACACCCUUAGUUAUAACUCCCCAGGGUGGCCCAGAGUGGGUUGUGGUGGGUGGUAGUGCCCAAUGGGUGCAAGGAAGCUACCACCCAGAUUUCAAAGAAAUUGGGCAAAGAGGUUAUUUUUAAAGAAGGCAUGACUUGGGGGCAGAAAAGGGGCUUUGAGGGCAGAAGAUUGGGUCAGGUGGUAGUGCCCUAAUGGGUACCUGCUACCACCCAGAUUUCAAAGAAAUUGUUGAAAGAGGUUAUUUUCAAAGAAUUUCUGAAGUCUGCACAUCUUUAAGCUUGUUCCCCCAUAGGGAAAAAUGGGGAUUUCAGCAGCCUCAUAACUCCACCUGGAGGAGGCACCAGGGUAGCCCAGAGCAGGGUGUGGUGUAGUGCACACAGGGUGCCAACCACCCCCAAAACUACAAGCCCAUGGGCACAGGGUUUUGUUGUUUCUGAGGUGUCAUUUUGGGAGUGGUUGGCACCCCCCAAAUGAUGCCUCAGAAUGACAUCCUAACCCUCUUAUGUUGGCCGAUAAGUUUCAAUCCACCUGGAUACAAGCACUGAUGGGUAAAUUGUCAUCACUCGGCCUCUCUGUUGAACAUUUGUCAUUAUUAGAUUAUAGUCAAGCCAAGGAGAUCCUCAAACAGAGGCUCUGGGACACUGAACAUCAGAACAAUUUAAGCUCCAUCCCGGAGACCAUAAGAGGGUGCCUCAGUGAUUUUAACCAGGAACCUGCUUGCUAGCUAUUGUCCCUCUCUUUACUAAGCCAUCACAGGGUGUUCCUCAGAGCAAGAUAUGCCUUACCAUUGGUGGUUUUAUGUGGAAGGUUUUUGAAAAACCCCUCUGGCCAAUCAGUUAAUGCCCCUGUGGCUCAGGUGAGGUCGAAUCUGUCCACCAUGUGCUGCUGUUUUGUCCUUUUUAUAAUCAUAGCCGGUGUCUUAUUUCUUCCUUGCUAUCACGCUUUCCCGGCUGGACUGCUGAAUUUUAUGCCACACUCCUUGCAGAUUGGUUGCCAGAUUUUGUGCAGCUGCUACUAAGAUCCGUCAGCAGUUAACCUCCAGCCCUUCUUUUUAGAUGUUACAUGAGCCUUCUAUGUUGGUGUAUUCUGUAUGCUUUACUUCUUAUCUGAAUGUAGUAUCAUCUGUUUGUAUAUAUAACUGAUCAAUGAUCAUAAUAAAGCUAUUCAUUCAUUCAA